AUGACUGGAAUUUUUACGAGCCGAAACUUUGCUCUAGAAGAUACUCCGAGCCUGCAUGGCCAGAUUGCAGUGAUAACAGGAGGCCAGUCAGGGAUUGGCCAGGAGAUUACCGCGCAGCUCCUCCAUCAUGGCAUCGAAAAAGUAAUUGUCGUCGCCAGAAGCAAGGAUAAGUUCCUUGUUGCGCAGGAGACCUGGGGCCAAAGACUUGGUCAAUCAUUCGAAGAUGAUUCACGGCUUGAAUUCGUCGCCUGUGACUUAGGUGAUAUCAACGACGUGCGCGCAGCAACCGAUACAAUCAAAAGGCAGACCGACAAAAUCCACAUCCUGUUUUGCAAUGCCGGACUCGGCGUCCCAUAUGAAUACAAACACUCACCUCAAGGCAUCGAUCAUGUGUUCGCGACUAAUUGCGUUGGCCACCAGGCUCUCGUCACUCUGCUCCUUCCAGAGCUCAAGCGUGCGGUGUCCACGUCGCCGAAUGGAGCACGGGUAGUGGUGACAAGCUCCAGUUUACAUCUGUGCUGCCGAAAUCUCGAUUUCGGUCUCCUCAAGUCUCAUGCGCGAGUCAAGACUCCGGCUCUGUAUGAUGGGAUCUGGCGGUAUGGAAGAUCUAAGCUUGGGAACAUUCUGUUUGCGAAAGAGCUUAGUCGGCGGCUCUUGGAGGACUCCGAUCCUGCGAGUCGCCAGAUCUAUGUGAAUGCCUACUUCCCAGGGAAUAUUGUGACGGAUCAGUGGCAGGCCUGGAACUUAUAUUUUGGCCGUGCAAUUGGCUCAUUAAUGCGCUUUGUGGCUUCAUUUUUGGGGCAGAGCGUGGAGGACGGUGCUGCAACGGCACUUUUUCUGGCCGCGAGUGAGGAAGUAUCGCGUACAAACUCGAGGGGACGGUACUUUGUGCCCAUUGCUACUUUACAGGAUCCUAGUGAGAUUGCCAAAGAUGAAGACUUGGGGGCUAAUCUAUGGGAAUGGAUCGAUGAGCAGAUUACUGCUACCUUGGGAAUCGGCUGGAAGAAUGGCGAGUGA